CCAGGAUGUUCCCGCAGGGCCGGCAGCCCCUCCCCCCCCGGCCCCUCAAGUUCUCGGUCCCGGAGACGUGCGAGCGGCUCAAGGAGGAGUUCCGGCUCCUGCAGGCGCAGUGCCACAGCCUGAAGCUGGAAUGCGAGAAGCUGGUGAGCGAGAAGACGGAGAUGCAGAGGCACUAUGUCAUGUACUACGAGAUGUCCUAUGGGCUGAACAUCGAAAUGCACAAGCAGGCGGAGAUUGUCAAAAGGCUGAAUGCCAUCUGCGUGCAGAUCGUACCGCUCCUGACACAGGAGCACCAGCAGCAGGUCCUGCAAGCGGUGGAGUGGGCAAAGCACGUGACGAUGGCGGAGCUCAACAGCAUUGUUGGGCAGCAGCAGCUACAGCACCUCUCCCACCAUGUCCCUCCUGUCGCGCUGACACCGCACCCCUCCAGUGUGCAGCUGCCCAGCCUGGCAGGGGCCAGCAGCGCGGCGGGGCUCCUGGCCCUCUCAGGGGCACUGAUGGUACAGUCGCAGCUGGCUGCCAAGGAGGACAGAGCAGCCCAGGAUGGAGAGAGCAGAGAGCACAGCCCCGGCCAAAGCGUUUCGGCAUCCCCUCCGGAGAGCCCCCCCACCGAGGAGCAGACAGGGGGCGCAGGGCUGAAGCAGAAGUGGGAGGAGAGGGACCCGGCUGGGCAUUACGAUAGCGAUGGAGACAAGAGCGACUACAACCUGGUGGUGGACGAGGACCCCCGCUCUGAGCCCAGCAGCUCCAGUUGUGCACCCAGCAGCCAGCUCCUGCCAGCCCAGGACAUGCCCGAGAGCCCUGCCUCUGGUGGUGCCUCCGGUGCCUCCAGCCGGAGCGUGACCCCCCUGCGGCUGCAGGACCAGGGGCUGCCAGAUCCCCCAGCCUCCACGUCCUCUGUGUCCCCUCCGCCCCGCGACACUCUCACGCCUGGCCCGGGGCCAAGCUCAGCCACGCUCCUCCGGCAGCCUCCAGCCAAGGUGCUGGCCACGGACACCACCGCUCUGCACAGCCCUCUGAGCAUCUCCAGCCCCUUCGCCACCUCCUUUGGGCUGGUGCCCCAUGCCGCCCUCAACGGUGAGCUCACGGCCCCUGGCAUGUACGUGGGCAUCCGCCUCCCGCCACAGGUCAGCAGCGCCAUCAUGUAUGGAUGCUCACCGAUGGUGGCUUUCGAGUCGCACCCUCACCUGAGGGUUUCCACGCUCCCGGUGUCGCUCUCCACUGUCCCUGCAGGGAAGCCUGCCUACUCCUUCUACGUCAGCACCGACGGGCAGAUGCAGCCAGUACCAUUCCCCCCUGAUGCCCUCCUGGGCUCCGGCAUCCCACGGCGCGCGCGGCAGCUCCACACUCUGGCCCACGGCGAGGUGGUCUGCGCCGUCACCAUCAGCAGCUCCACGCAGCACGUCUACACUGGGGGCAAGGGCUGCGUGAAGGUGUGGGACGUGGGGCAGCCAGGCACCAAGACAGCUGUGGCUCAGCUGGACUGCUUGAACCGUGACAACUACAUCCGCUCCUGCAAGCUGCUCCCC